CGUGGCCGGCGGCCGCUUAGUCGGUUUCGAACUUUCGAUCAGUUGGUGUGUUAAUUCUGCGUGUAACAGUAUUAAAAUAAUUGUUAAUGAAAGAAAAUUAUUAAGUGAGGUUAAUUAAUGGCACGUUAAGCAGCGUGAACACAUCUUCAGUUUCACGUUAAAGGAUGGACAAGAAAGAAAUCAAUUUGGACUCGGUAUUGGAGAGUCUGGGACCGUACGGACGUUACAAUCUAUUGAAUUUCGUCCUUUUACUAUUCCCAGUACUGCUGAGUGCGUUCUAUGAGUGCGGCUUCAUAUUUGAGGCACAGGAACAAAUCUACCGGUGCAAAGUAGAUGGCUGUGAAAACACGUUCAACGACACAUCCUGGCUGCAGUACGCUAUACCGAGGGACAAUAACACGGAAAGACCCGAGUCCUGUAAUAGAUAUGCCCCAUAUACUGCCAUAGAACAUUGCACACCAAAUGAAUUCAGUAAUAGAACCAUACCGUGUGAUAGUUAUGUGUAUGAGUUUAAUGGAUCUUUAGUUGAAGAGUUCGACCUAGGUUGCCAAGAAUGGAAGCGAGCACUGGUAGGGACCGUCCACAACAGCGGAAUGUUUGUGGCUAUGUUGUUUACUGGGAUUCUCUCCGACCGUUUCGGAAGGAAGGCUGCAGUGGGUCUUGCAGCAACAGCGAGUUGCCUCUUCGGGAUACUUAGAGCUUUCUCACCCAAUUACGCCAUGUAUAUGGCAAUGCAUUUCUUUGAAGCUGCAUUUGGGGGCGGGUUGUAUCCGUCCGCCUAUGUCUUAGCUGUCGAGCUGGUUGGCCUCAAGCAGCGUGUGAUUGUCUCCGCCAUGUGCAAUAUGGCCUUUGUCGUCGGUGUCGUCCUCCUUGCGCUUUUGGCCUGGUUCGUUAACAAUUGGAGAACCUACAUUCUCAUACUCUACAGCCCAGCCAUAAUUGUUGCAUUGUACGUGUGGCUGAUGAACGAAAGCGCCAGAUGGCUUCUUAGCAAAGGCAGAAAGGAAGAUGCCAUUAAAACCUUAAAAAGAGCAGCGAAAUUAAACAAUAUGGACCCCGCUAAAUUAGAUUUGGAUGCACUGAGCGAUCCCUUACUAAAGAAUGACGUGACUCCAGACAAAAAGUCUCAAUUCUCAAAAGCGAUACGUUCUAGUAUCAUUUGGAAGCGUUUAGUUGUGUGUUCGUUUUUGUGGUUAACAUGCUCAUUGGUGUAUUACGGGCUGUCGAUAAACUCAGUGUCGCUAAGUGACAACAAAUACGUAAGUUUUAUGCUGGUGACAGUUGUAGAAAUUCCUGCGUAUAUAAUAGUGGUGAUAGUGUUGGACAAGUAUGGCAGAAAAAAGACGAUGGUGGUUAAUUAUAUGACGUGUGCGGUUACCAGUUUGCUGUUCGCUUUCCUACCUAAAGGUAACUGGUACUCAAUAGUCCUAUACCUAAUCGGCAAGUGGAGCGUCACUCUCACAUACAGCUCAGUCUACAUCUACGUGUCUGAAGUAUUUCCCACUAACAUGCGGCAAAUGUUGCUAAGCAUUUGCUCUACUUCUGGGAGGAUUGGAUCUCUUAUUGCACCAUUGACGCCUUUGCUGUCUCACUACCACAAAUCCAUGCCAACAGUGAUUUUCGGAGGCAUGUGCAUGAUAUGCACCAUGCUAGUUUUUCUUCUUCCGGAGACACGAAACAUACGUCUACCAGACACCAUUGAGGAAGCUGAAGAAUUGUCUAGGAAAAAGAGAAAAGCCGAACCAUUGACUGACAUAAAGUGAAUCUUAUGGUCUGACAUAAAUUAUAGAAAAAUCCAUUGGAAAAAAAAGCCACAAAAAAUUAACUAACACCGAAAGAGCUUGGCUCUGGCUUCUAUAAAAAGAGUUUUAUGUUCCUAAACGUGUCUGCAGGCUUACCACGUAACUUUAAUAGCGAUUGCAAUGAUUGACUCAAUGAAAAGUUAGCGGUUAGCUUGGCAUUGGUACCUCCUAAGAGCCUCUAUGUUAUUGGUAUCUAUAUCUCAAUUUUAAGGGAAUUUCUAUAUCCACGGCGCUGAUGUUACUUAUUAAUAUAUGCGAUGCUAAAACUCAAUAUAUCGGAAUCGAUAUUCAAGUUACGCGGUUAGCUUACUAAUUAAAUUUAUUUUUCAAUUUUUAAUUUUAAAAGUAGCUUUUGUCAACAGCGUAAUAACCAAAAAGAUUUGCUGGUUCAUAAAUCAUAUCAAAAAUUUAACGGCCAAAGAAUAAAACAAGAAAUUAUAAAAUAUUGUUAUAUUCAUAGUGAUAAAAAACGAAUUUCUAUAUAAGAAAUCUGUCUAAUUUUACAAAACUACUUCUUCAUCACAGCGUAAACAUUAUUUGACAGAAAGAUGAAAGAGUAUUUUUAAAUUUACUAAGAUAUUCAAGAAAUACAACAAAAAUAUUAUGUGACGGUAGAACAAUUUACAAUUUUUCUGUCUACCGUCGUACAUUACUAAAUUAGGUACUAAAAAAUAAACAAAUCAACCUUAAAAGAGUGCAAUUAAUUUGUUUUACUCGUGAGUAAAUAUUUACAUAUUUAUUACUCAUACUAGCUAUAAAGGCAAUUUAAAGACAAUAAUGCAUUUAAGAAUCUGUAAAAGUCUGUUUCACAGUCUAAAAGCAAUUUCAUUAUUUACGACUUCUAUACAAUGCCACAGACUGCAUCAAAUUCCAUUGUGAUAACAAUGUUAUGACAAUAUUAAUGCGUGGCCAACAAAAUUGAUAGGGUUAUCAAAAAAUUAUAAUAGUUUUUUUUUAAACAUAGAGAAUGUUUAAAAUGUGUGGCACUCGGGGACUGCCGAAGUAAAGCUAUUGCAUAGCAUUUUUAUCAACUUAUGCAAUUAUAAUUAUUUAUUUAUUUUUUAUUCAUUCAGUUUUUUUUUUCUUUGAUAUUAAUUCCAUAAUCUACCACUCUACCAGACUCAGACUAACACGCCUAUAUAGUCUGUCUCACUCUAACGUACCGGCUGCACCCGAUGUGAGACGUCACGUUACGUCAUAGUGUGUUAGGUUAUUUUCGUUACGGAAUUUCUGGAUUCCGUCUCCACGGUCAAGGCCCGCGAUAGAAGCUAUGCAAUAGCUUAAAAAUCUUUUAUAAUUUUAAAAGGUAAAUGUAACAAAGGUUUAAAGGUAACAAUUAACAUUGUAAACUGAUUUGUAAUUGUUUUAUUACUAUAGAUAAAUAUAUAUAAAACAGCUUAAGCUCACAUAUAAAAUAACUUUAUCAUCCCAGGAUACGAAAUAAUUUCAAAAAUUAGCGCUAAAUAUCAGUCCCAACUGUCAAAGCUUAUUAAAUUUGACAGAUGGCUAUCAUCUCGACUCUUACUUUUGCCAGGAAUGUCGACCAAUUCGUUAUCCAAUCCUAAUCCGGACCAAGUCUUACAUUCUAGGUAAAAUUACCAACUUGAUUGUAAUUACAGUGUUACAUUACAACAGCUUAUCAUUCGCAAGUACUAUCGUACUUCAUCGGUGAUCUGCAGAAAAACUCGAUCGACUCUUUAAUAAAAGCGCUCGAAAAAUGCGUCCUUGCUUAAUUUAGUUCAGUUUCACAGCCCUAACUCAUUGUAAGAAGAUUUGAAACUUCCUUUGUUUAUAGUAUGCACAAUGUAAGACGUACAAACUUUCAUACUUUUAACACUUAAGCUUUUUUAAAAUAGUUAAUAUUUUAAUACAUCAUUAAACACACUAUAUUGUACGACGCUUAAUGGCAGUCGUAUCGACAUUCUAAUACAUUUUUAUUGAUAUGAAAUUGGAAAGGUAACUUAAAAGUGUUUAUACAUUAGAAACAAUUCUGCUUGUACUACGUGUCAGUACUCGUUCUUAUUUUAAAAAAUGUUAUAAUUAAGUUUUCUAAUACAACAGAGUACUUUCUUAAACCAUAGACUAAGUCUACACUCAAAGAUUAUAAAAUAUGAAUUUUACAAAUAUUAUUAUAUUACCUAUAUACUAUUACAUUUAACAAUUCAUUUACAAUUUAUUUUAAUUAAUGCAAGCAAAUUCUUAUUUUUAUGAUUCUUUUUUAUAAUAUAUCAAGAGAUUUGAAAAGAAUUUGCUACAGUAUAUAAUUUUGAAUUGAACAUUUAGAUUUACGAUUUUUAUCACCAAUAUUUUAAUCUUAAGUAGUACUAAUUUCUAACUGAAUUUUUCAAUUUUUUAAGACAUAAUAAUCAGUAUUUUUGUAUAAUUGGAAUUAGGGACCAAUUAAUUAGCAGCUCUUAUUAAUUUUCGUAUUAAAUUACGUGUGAAUUUGUAUCUAGAUAGUAAAUAGUUGUAUUAAUUUAUUUCGUAUCGAAUACUUAAUUUACACAAUAAAGAUUAUUAAACCAAA